CCAAUCACAAAAAGAAAAAAAAAAAUUAAGGUAGUAGAAAGUUAGGCCUCCAAUCUAACAUGUUCCUCUCCCUUGUUCAGAUGGAGAACCAAGUCCUGUACCUUUCUUUCUUUCUCACGUUCCUCUACAUAGGAAUGACCUUGAGGAAAUGGAAAAAAUCAGUAGAUGCAUCAAAACUGCCUCCUGGACUCCGGAAACUACCAUUCAUAGGAAACCUCCACCUCUUUAUCACCGCUCCUGCACAUCACUGCUUCCGGGCCUUGGCCAAGAGAGAUGGCUCUGUCAUGCACCUACAACUUGGCCAACUCCCCGCCUUCGUCUUCUCCUCAGAAGAAACUGCAAAAGCUGUGUUGAAAACCCACGACCUAAUUUUUUCUAGCAGGCCUCCUCUUCAUUCUGUAAAGUUAUUAACUUACAAUUUUACAGAUAUUGCGAUGGCACCAUAUGGAGACUACCGGCGGCAAGCAAGAAAAAUAUGCAGUACAGAGCUACUAACUCAUAUGCGGGUACAAUCAUUCAGAUCACUUAGAGAAGAAGAGAUGUCGAAUUUAAUUGGAGACAUUUCAUCGAAAGCAAGAUCGGUAAUCAACAUAAAAAAGGUGGUGAUUUCUUCAGCACUUUCCAUCAUCUCCAGGGCAGCCUUUGGUGGAAAGUCUAUACACCAAGAAGAAUUCAGGAAGCUGAUUCCGGACAUAAUAGCAUUAUUUGGAGGCUUAAGUCUUGCUGAUUUGUUCCCUUCCAUCAAAGCUAAGAGAGCUGCAGGACGUACCGAGCAAGAUGAUCUUGUGUCUGUACUUUUGGAUCUUCAAGAUGAGGGAGAACUUGAAAUUCCCUUAACAACAGACAACAUCAAAGCUAUUAUCCUGGAUAUGUUCACUGCUGGUAGUGACACAUCAAGUACGGUUGUGGAAUGGGCAAUGUCAGAAAUGCUGAGAAAUCCUAGAAUAAUGGAAAAGGCACAAGCUGAGGUGAGGCAUGUCUUCGCCGGUGAAGGUGGUGUUGAUGAAGCACGCCUUGAUGAGCUGAAGUACCUGACUCUUGAGGUUGCACACUGUUGUUACUUUGCUGGCUCCAAGACAAAGCACAGAGAGAUGGAUCCAAAUUAUUGGACUGAAGCCGACAAGUUCUUUCCAGAGAGAUUCUUGGAUAGCACCAUUGACUAUAAAGGAAAUUGCUUUGAAUUUAUACCCUUUGGCACAGGGAGGAGAAUUUGUCCCGGUGAAGAGAAGCCUGAAGAUCUUGAUAUGACCAAAGUUUUCAGCACUGUGGCAAGAAGAAAACAUGAUCUGUGCUUGGUUCCCUUACCCUAUCUUCCCACACGUAUGUCCUGAUCAGUGAUACUCCCUGUAUCAAUAAUUAUCAUCUCAAAACAUGGAAUCUCUUCAUUUAGCAUGCACCAGGGUUUCAUAUGUAAGAUUGUAGCUUGGUCUAUCUGAGCGUAGUUGUGGCUAUAUAUUCCACUUAGUAUCUAUGAAGGUCAUGGCCAUGGCCACACAAAUAAAACACAGAUAAAUGU